AUGCAGUUUCUGCAAUUCUUUUUAUGCAUUACCGUUUUGUUACUAUACUGCAAUGUGUCUAGAUCAGCUUUCUUGUGUGAACUAAAUCAAGCCAACCCUUUCAAAGUUGCACUUACCAGCACUGUAGAUAUUGCAGGUAAAGGAAACUUCACGACCAUUCAAAGCGCCGUUGAUUCUAUUCCUUCAGGCAACACUAAGUGGAUACGGAUUCAAAUUUUUGCUGGCGUAUACAGAGAAAAAGUCACAAUCACAUACGAUAAAACAUGCAUUUUCCUUGAUGGAGCAGGCAGCCGGGAAACAUUUAUUGAAUGGGAUGGUCAUGAACGUACGAAUACUAGCGCUACUUUCACUUCAUAUGCUGAAAAUCUUGUGGUGAAAGGCAUUGGCUUUAAGAACACAUACAAUUUGGGGCCAAAACAGAACGACCUCGUACCAGCUUUGGCAGCUGAAAUACUUGGGGACAAGGCUGCUUUCUACAACUGCAGCUUUUUUGGGGUGCAAGAUACGUUGUGGGAUGUAGGCGGCCGCCAUUACUUUUACCAAUGCUACAUCCAAGGUGGAGCUGAUUUUAUAUUUGGCAAGGGUCAAUCAUUCUAUGAGCAAAGUGUCCUAUAUUAUUCAUUGGAAACAUAUGGUCAGGGAACCUACAUCGGCUAUAUAACAGCACAGGGGAGGGACUCAGCUGAUGAUCCUUCUGGCUUUGUGUUUAAAGAUUGUGUGAUUCUUGGGAAAGGUAAAGCUUACCUUGGGAGAGCUUGGAAAGCUUUUUCCAGAGUAAUUAUUGCCAAUUCAAAGUUAUCAGAUAUAGUAGUCCCAGUGGGCUGGGAUGCUUGGCAAUUCGUGGGCCAUGAAGAUCAACUUACAUAUGCAGAGGAGGAUAAUUCUGGACCGGGAGCUGACACUUCCAAACGUGUUCCUUGGCAAAAGAAAUUGAGUGAAGGUGUCAAGGGUAAUGGUCAUGUAAAAUUUAAAUGUCCAACAUUCUUGAAGUUUAAGGUUAAGGCUAUGGCUGUAACCCUUAGUGAUGAUGAAGUUUCUGACAAUGAGUCUGACAAAACUGGUUUAGGUUUUGUAAAAAGCAUCUUUGUGCCUGAAACUCAUUCCCCAAACUUUGUUCCUUCUUCUAAGCCCCCCGUGAGUGAGAUUGUCAAACAAGCUGAAGUUACACCUCCUAGGAAAAUUAGAGUUGAUCUUUAA